CGUCUACAUCCAUACCUUUUCAACUUCGAAUUGAGACUCAACAAAAUCAAACUGUUGGCUAAACAAUUGUUGAUAUUGAAAUAUUUGUGGUGAUCAAUUCGUGCAUAAUUAUUCACUCACCGAACAUCUUGUCCUACCCAACCCCAUCUUUUCGGAUACGCUUUUGCAGCUUGAACUUCCUUUGCAACCCUUUGACGCCAACUGAAAUCUCUCUCAAUGGGUGUCAGCAGGUUCUCGUAUCCUUGAGUAUCCAAAAAAUUUCAAAUAAUGGAAGUAAAUAGUAUUGGACAAACAAAAGCCCAUCGUUUCGUUUUGGGUUCAAUUCUAUUGUUAUUAGUUGAUUUGUUUUGGGUUUCUUCCUCAGAGUUAACAAAGUUUAUGGAAGUGAAGGAGACAUUUCAGAAACCUUUUUUUUGUACUUAUGUCAAGAAUUCAAUGUUCACUUUGUAUCUUUUGGGAUUUUUGUUUUGGCCACCAUGGAGAGAAUCAUAUACAAGACCACCUAUAGCCUACACCUACUUAGAUGAAGAACCUGAUGAAGAGAUAUAUAAUAAUGAUUUGAGUAGGAGUCUUAGCAACCCUGUGUUUGUACCAAUAAAAACUUCUGAAUGGGACAUAAGAGAUUACAAUUCUGGAACGGAAAGUGAUGAUUCUUCUGUGAAAUCUGUUAGAUUCAGUAAAUUAGCUGAAGUGAGACAAAUGUCGGAGACUGAGGCUGCAGAAGCUUUACUAGCAAGGUUAUCUUAUCAAGCUAGCUUGAGGGCUGGGGAGUUAGCUCAAAGAGCUGCAGCAAAAUUUACCAUAUUUCAAGUAGCAAGCAUUGCUUUCUUAUUUUGUCUUUUGUGGUUUACUGGUAAUUAUUUUUAUCAGUUAGCAUUGAUGAAGACAGAAAUAGGUAUGGUAAAUGUGCUCUCAUCCACCUCCAGUUUGUUUACACUUUUUUUAGCUUCUCUCUUUCCAUCUGGAGGGGUGGAUAGGAUGUCUCUUUCUAAAUUAUUUGCAAUUGUUAUGAACAUUGUUGGAAUAGCCAUAAUAAGUUAUACAGAUAUGACGUUGAGGAGUGAAAUAACUUUAGGGGCCAUGUUAGCACUAUUUAGUGCAAUCCUUCAUGCUUCUAGUUUAGUUUAUUUGAGAAAAAAAGUGAAUAAUGAGGACAAAAUGGAUAUUCCAUUGUUUUUUGGAUUUAUUGGAUUUUUCAAUCUCAUUCUCUUGUGGCCUCUUUUCUUUUUCCUACACUUCAGUGGUUUGGAAAAAUUUGAACUGCCCUCAAAGGAGCAAACUCUAUUUUUGCUAUUAAAUGGCCUCAUGGGAACUGUGAUUUCAGAAGUUGUAUGGUUGUGGGGUUGCUUUUAUACGUCCUCCCUUAUUGCCAUAAUGUCUAUCAGUUUGACGAUUCCAAUGACUACCAUGGCAAAUGUUUUACUCAAGAAGAUACCAUAUUCCAACUUGUUCAUGACCGGGACAAUACCAGCAGUUACUUCAUUUUUCGUUGUAAUAAUUUUUUCUCAUUAUGAAAAUUGGGAUCCCAUCCUGAAUUUGUUACGUUGUGUCUACUUCAGUGUAUUUAGAAGGACCAGGCUUAUACGUUUCAGAUUCUCAGAAAUGCCUUCGGAACAAACAGAAUCAUUGAUAGGCAUCAACAGCAAUGAACAUGAGGCCUAACUGAGUAUACUGAUGGUUCCUGUCUAUAGUGGUGCUUCAUUACGUGAUGGCUUUAAUUAUGUAAUACAUUCCUAUUUUAUUUAAAGUGAUAUGUUAUUUUUUAUUUCACAAUGAAAUACUGAAGUUAUAAAAGAGAAUAAUAUGAAAAAUUUCAGCAUUUCAAUGGUUUUUGCCAUUUUAAUUUCAAAGUGAUUCCUACAUAUUAAAGAGCACAAAGAUUUAAAUUAUAUUAUGAGCAGAUGCAAUUCACAAAUUUUGUUCAUAUUUUAGACUUUUUUAUUGUUUUUAAAAACGUAUAGUAAUGGACAAUAAUGUUUGUUCAUUGUUUGCUGUUUACAAUUUUCUUUCCUCUCAUCAUAAAGAGGAAAGUAGAUUAUAAUUACAAUGAAAAAAAGCAGUGCUUGUCACACCAUUUUGGCACAAAGUUAUUGGGAAAAAUAUAAAUAACUUAUAUCUGAUUUUUUAUUAAUGUUGAAAAAAAAACUUGUGGUAUAUAAUAUAUUAGUAUUUUCAUUAACUUUAUUCUCUGUUUUGUAUAUCUAAUCAUCAAAAAGUUUUUUUGAAAUCUCUAGUUUUGUAUAUAGACCAUUAAAAUUAAUUUUAUUUUAUAUAAUAUAAUGUUGAGAUUUUGUGUUCCUAUUACCACCAUAUGUUGUACAAAAAAUUUUAUAAGAAACAUUGCUCCUUGGUGUAUAAUCUAUUUGAAACAAUAUUUAUACUAGAUAUAAAUGAAUAUGAUUAAUGAUACCUUUAGAUAAUUAUGGGCUUGCUGUAUGUGGUGAAAAUUCCACAUAAGAUUUAUCCUACAGUUAUGGUAGGAGCUUCCAAAAUAUCUAAGUUUGUAUCAUAAUGAUAUUUUUCUUAUCAGACGCCUCUCACUGAUGUAUUUAUACCUCUACUGAAUUGUCUUUAACAGAAUUAUUUCAUUAUCUUCUUUUUUAUUUUUAUUGAAACUUUCUUAUGUCGUUCUGAUUUUAUAACACUUUGUUAAGGUUGUGAAAAGUCCAUUCAAACCUUACCGUGACCGUAAAUGACAAAAAAUUCUACAACAGAAGUGAUUUAGAUAAUGUGAAAGUUCAGCCAUUAUACUCGAUCUUACAUAAACAUUUAAAAGCUCAAGUAGUUCUGAGAGUAAAAUCGAAUUUUCAAGUAGAUAAUGAUUAAAAUACUCAAAAUCUUUCAUAUAUUGAAUUUGGUUAUAGAACCUAUUUCAGUUUGAUGCUCAAGAAUAGUGAUUCUCAAUUUUCAAAUUUUGGUCAGUGCAUCGUUUUUCUACACUGUCAAAAAAUUUUUGUUUCAAAUCUUAUAUUAUAAAUCCUCUGUGAAGUUAGAGCAACAUUACUAUUUUUCUGAAUUUAUGUGUUUUUGACUGAAUUUUUCUUGAUGAAGUUUAAUUCUUAGGAAUUAGUGAUGCAUAUAUCAUGUAUGACCUUAUGAACUACACGAAUUGAAUAAAAUUGAGAUGAACAUUUGCUUCAUAUUAAAGAAAAAUUGGAAUAUUUGUGGAUAUAUCAUAAAUAUAUUUCACUUUCAAUCAAUUUCAAGAUGAAUAUUCAUCUAGUGGAGAGAAAACGAAACAAAAUAUAUUGUUUUUACAUAUGGUCUCCUUGAAUGAAAUACAAUUUAUUCUUGUUCUACUGCCACUGAUCACAUUAUGAGAAAAAAUGUAGCUAUUUCUCACUCACUGUAUGAUCUUGCUUUUUGUAAUUUUAUCUAAUCAGUAUAGUGAGUUAUAUGUUGAACAUUGAUUAUAGAUAAUUGGAGAGCCUAUUUGCAAAUUUAUAUUUCCAAUUUGGUAAUAUAUGAUUGGAUAACAGCGUAUAGUUUUGCAAUGAAGUAAUUUUCUAACAGAAUUUGAUUUUUAUAUCAUAGAUUCAUCAAAUCACAUCACAUAUGCCCCACAAAAAAAUCAAGGGCAUUAUCAUCACAUACUUCGUGUUUAUUUUGAUCUAGAUGUUAAACACUGUAAUGUAUUCAAAAAUAGAAAUUAAUUGUUUCAAGUUUAGUAUCACUAUACAAGAGAGUUAUAUUUUUUUAAAACUAGAAUAUCACAAAGAUGUAUUAUUAGAAUAGAUUAGUUAAUUCUAAAGAAUUUGAAAAUUUUGAUUUCACAUGAAAUUCUUUAAUUUUGAAUCUGUGAUCUUUUUCUUCUGCUUAUGAUGAUUUUAGUAGUUCCAUUCCAUUGUAUAUUUGUUAUAAUAAUUGGUUUUAAUAACCAUACAGCAUUUCAUGAAUAUAUUUUAAAUGAUUUGUAGAAAGUUUAUACAUCAAAUAUAUAUCUUGUAAAUAUUUA